AUGGCAGAUCAAGUCGUCAAAGAAGAGAAACUUCAAGACAAAUUAAAUGAUUUAGGGACUUCCUUAGGCUGGUUUGAAGACUCAAUAGAUGUUGUAAUCAGUCAGACGGAAAAAGAGAUUCAAGCGUCUUGUAUUGAGAAAAGAACUUGUCAGUCCGAUGCAGAUSACAUCGACAAUGAUCAAAUUUGUGACAGUGACAAUGCAUUAAGAUUUGAUAGUAGCAUUUCACCAUUAAGACCAACAAGCAGUACAGACUAUGGUUCAUGCGUAAGAAACGGUGAUACUGAAAAACAAAGUAACAAUGAUCUUUCAAGUAAUAGUCCUUAUAAUAGAGUUUAUCUACUGGAUGAUGAGGAUGACAAGGAAAAGAUUAAACAUCAUGAUGACAUCAUCACACAAGAAACAAAUCMUGCCAGUCAAUCACCAACUCAUYCAUCUGAGAAUGACGUCAGCUAUGAACUAUACCAAUCUUUAACUGAAGUCCAGGAAGAMAAAGACCAGAACCAACARGUUGUUGUAUCAGAUGAUGAAAGUCAAGAUGARAGCUAUCACUCUUUCACAGAAAAUGAUGAUCAACAAGCUCAAGUGAGCAUUACUAAUAAAGAAAUUAAUAUUUCAUCAGAGAAUWGUACUAAUAAUCAGUCUAUUACGGAUAAUAACUAUCAAGGAAAUGAUGAUSAUAGUGCUAGUAAUUCAUUAUAUGGCAGUAAUACCAGCAAUCAGCUUUACCAACCUUUGACAGACAACAAUGACAUCAAUAAUGUAAGCAGUGAACUGUAUAACAUUAGCAACAGUAACAAUGAUCAACAAGCUCAAUCAUUGGAUGAUCAUGAGACGCCUUCUUAUAAUAACAGCUCAUUGGCAGCACAACAAAAAAGUUGUUUCAUUGAUGGAAAAAGGGUUUUACAGAUGAAGUACAAUCCUGAGGAAAGCCCAGGCUGUGAUGACUUUGAAUCUUUUUUAGACAGCGUUAGGACACCCAAACAGCCCCAGUGGAAGGAUUGUCCAGAGUUGGACAAUGAUGAUGUACAAGAUUUUAUUGUUGAUGAUGAUUGCUUUGUCGAAGAAGAAGAAAAUGAUUUUGAGGAUGUUUUUGUGAUUGAUGAUGACAGCGAUGAUGAUAAAGAGAACUUCAAAACUCCACUGACAUUUACAACACCAGGACUGGAACAAGCCACUAAAUGUGUUGAAACGUUUAAAACUCCCUGGACAGAAUACAAACCUAAACCAGCAAAAGCAACAGGAAACCCUUCUACUGAUUCUUUCAAAACACCACUGACUGAUAUCAAACUGAAGCGAGCAAAACCAUUGAGUUCCAUUGAAUGCAUAAUCACACCAUACUCUACAACUAAAGAAUUCAAGAAAAAAAGAGAUGUUGUUGUCAAAGAACUGUUUCAGCUUUAUAACUCAACCAUUUUUGAAAAUAAGCUACCGUCAGACUUCAGUAUAACAUGGAAUAACAAGAUGAGAAGUACAGCAGGAUAUUGUUAUUAUGGACGAAAAAAUGGUGUCAACACUUCACGGAUAGAACUUGCUGACAAAGUUAUUGACUCUGCAGACCAGGAAGUACAGGUGAUGGUGACGAAUGGGUGUCCAGCAAGCGAACACCAUCGUCUGAAGUGCACGUACCUGACCUUAUGGUUUUCAAUUGUGCAGGCGUCCAGAGCAAACUUCAUACACCAAGAUUUGCCGGCCAUUAGCCGUUGUCAUAGUUACAAGAUCAAUACUAAGUAUAUCUAUCAGUGUACAAACGAGUUCUGCUCCAACAGUGUUGGUCGCCAUUCUAAGUCGCUGGAUCUCGAGAAGUAUCGCUGUUCAUAUUGUAAAAGCCGCUUUGAGCUUCAGCCCCAGUUAAAGAAGGAUGGGACGCCCCAGUCAUCCCGCGCUCCAAACAAAUUUGCGAUGUUCGUGAAAGACCAUUAUGGAAAAGURAAGAAAAGUGGAAUGACGCACAAAGAGGUCAUGAAGGAGUUAAGUAGCCAGUUUAGUUCACUUAGUACUAAAUAGGCAGGAAAUACUCCAGUCAAUACACUCAUUAAAACAGGACGUUGAAUUAUCUUUUUUUGGUUGAAAUGAGAUAGAUGCGUCAGCCGGGAUAGAUUCUAAACACAGCUUGUUAAAGUUCUUUGAACUUAGUAAAGGAAUACAUUUUUCAUUUUUAAACUAUAUACUAAAAGAAGUUAAAAACUGGCGUAAAAUCAAAAAUCUUAGUAUUAUUUGUUUUGGAUUUUGAAAAAAUCGAAAAUCGCUCUCUGUUUUAUAUAUAGUUACUUAGUUGGGUGCAUCACGCGGUGAUAAAAUAGUAAUAAUGAUAUUUUGAAAAUAUGUCAGACCACAAUUUGUACGGUGUGUAGGGUGGUUUUUGUACUGUCCAAAAAGGAAUGUGGAAACAUU